UCUAGCGUAUCGUAUAGUCUAUGGUGUGGUGACGUCGCUAUUGGUGUACAGUUGUACACGUCAAUAUAUUAAUGCGUAGAUUAAUUAAACCGCGAUCACUUAGUUUUGUGCUUUACUUGUGUAAAGAUCUAACCAAUUUUGAGUUAAAUUUUGUAGAUAAAGUAAUUAAAACUCACCAAAAUGCUGUACCUUGAAGAUUAUUUGGAAAUGAUUGAACAUCUCCCGCAAGAGCUAAGGGAUAGGUUUACUGAAAUGAGAGAAAUGGAUUUGUCUGUUCAGAAUAACAUGGAUACGCUGGAAAAAAGAGUCCGUACCCUUUUUAGUGGGUGCAGACGCGGGGAGUUAAAUACUGAGCAAGCCAAUACUGAAUUCUCUGACAUUAAGCGUGGAUACAACAAGACCCUAGAAGAAGCUGAAGAAAAAACGUCUCUAGCAACUCAGAUGUAUGACUUAGUCGACCGAUAUUUACGCAGACUUGACACUGAACUACAUAAGUUUAAAUGUGAAUUGGAAGCGGACAACAAAGGUAUCACUGAGCUAUUGGAGAAACGGUCUCUGGAACUUGAUGUGAACACUAACCACACAAGCACAUCAAAUAACAACCAUUACAAAGAAAACAGAUACCGCAUCAGAGCCGAAAAGCGACGUGAUAGCUGGGGUAAUCGUGAAUCUCGGGGCCAUACAUCUGGAAACUUAUCUAGGACUGAUUCAGCUAUCCAGGCUGCCUUAGGCAGGGACUCCUAUUCUUUAGGUCAUGCAGGCAGCGCUAUUGCAGCUGCAGCUAGCCAAGCUAUAGCAGCCACUCAACAGAUGCAGCACGGUCGCCGCACAGCCUCACUGAAAGCUUCGUAUGAGGCAGUGGCGGGCGGGGAACUGGCACACCAUACGUUGCAGACACACCACACACAUCACGACCAUGGGCAUGGUAUGGCAUCAAGCCAUAGUCAAAACAACAGUGUUCAUGGACAUCACACUACUGCUCAUGGACACAAUACUUCAUCAUCUUCUACGAAACGGAACAAACAAAAGAAAAGCACCAGUUACAGCUCUGCCGGUGUGUCGGCCCAUAGUCAACAGGCCGUCGCAUCAGCUGCUAGCCGUUCAUCUUCACCUACAGUUGUGGCCAUGAACAACGUCGUGAACAAUGUUGCUAUUGAAGAGCCCAUGGAAGAGGAAUGGACGUACGAUCCCAACGAACCUCGCUACUGUAUCUGCAAUCAGGUGUCAUAUGGUGACAUGGUUGCUUGCGAUAAUCAGGAUUGUCCCUAUGAAUGGUUCCACUAUCCGUGCGUGGGCAUAACAGCCCCACCGAAAGGCAAAUGGUACUGCCCACAAUGCCAGGGCGCAAUGCGCCGUAACCGCGCCCACCGAAAGAACUGAAUUCUCUACGACGAUGUUAUUGCUUUAUGCUUAAUCUCUUAUCGUCUUACGGCCAAAAUUUAUAACCGACCCUAAUCCAAAAUUCUUGAAUCAAUCUCUGUUUUUAAUUGGAACACUAAAAUGUCAAAAUCGACC